AUGUAUCAGAAGCGCCUCGCCUCGGGCUUCCUGGCCGCCCUCGCUGGCGUUGCCACGGCCGAUUCCGAUGUCACCCAGCUGACGCAAAAAACCUUCAAAGACUUCAUGACCACAAACAAGGUUACGCUCGUCCUGGCCAAGUUCUGUGCGCCCUGGUGUGGCCACUGCAAGGCGCUUGCCCAGGAAUAUGAGGAGGCCGCUACCUCUCUCAAGGCAAAGAACAUUAAGCUUGUCAAGGUUGACUGCACCGAGGAGGCAGGCAUCGACAACGUAAUGCCCUACAACGGCCAGCGCAAAGCUGAUGCCAUCCACGCCUGUAUGAACGGCGAUAAGGUCGUCGUGGUUGCCUCUAUUGCUGCCGAUAACAAGGCAUCAAACGAGACUUUCUCCGCCGUCGCUAAUAUACUCCGUGACGAAUAUAUGUUUGGCGGCCUUAACGAUGCUGCCGUCGCCGGGGCUGAGGGCGUCAAGUUCCCUUCUAUUGUUCUAUAUAAGUCCUUUGACGAGGGCAAGAAUAAGUUUCAGGAAAAAUUUGAGGUAGAGGCUAUCGACACCUUUAUUAAGGUCUCUGUUAUACCCCUAGUCGGCGAGGUUGGCCCUAAGACCUACUCCUACUACAUGUCUGCCGGCCUCCCUCUGGCUUACAUCUUCGCCGAGACCGAGGAAGAGCGUUAUAGUCUGGCCAAGGCCCUCCAGCCCGUCGCCAAGAAGUAUAGGGGUAAGUGCGGUCACUGCAAGGCCCUGGCCCCUAAGUAUGAACAGCUUGGCGCCAUGUACGCCAAGAGCGAGUUCAGGGAUAAAGUCGUUAUCGCCAAGGUCGACGCUACCGCCAACGACGUCCCCGACGACGUUAGCGGCUUCCCUACCCUCAAGAUAUACCCCGCUGGCGGCAAGGACUCCCCCAUCACCUACAGCUCUUCGCGAAAUAUCGAGGAUCUUCUUAAAAUUUAUCAAGGAGAAUGGCAAGAAUAA